AUGACUAUGAGUAUGCCAAACAUAUCUUCACUCCUCAACAGCGCUGCGAUGGCUGAGUCAGACCCUCUGUCUAGCAUCGGGUUUAGUGGUUUGUCCUCUUUCAACUCGCCCGGUCAGCAAUUCUCCAACGUUCCAGCUAACCAGCAACAGCCGAGAACGAAAAUGGAGCCUCAGAAUUUUCAACAUGGUCAGCAGUCGAUGCAACAGCAGCAACACCGUGCUGGCGUGGGACCUGUCAAGUUGGAACCUGGUAGUCAGGUUUCCACCAACCAGCAGCAACAUAAAAUGCUGAGGAGCUUAGGUUCGGUUAAGCUGGAACCGCAGCAACUUCAGGCCAUGAGAAACUUAGCACAAAGACUUAUGCAACUUCAACAUCAGCAACAUCUCCUGAAAUCAAUGCCUCAACAGCGUCCUCAAUUACCACAACAGUUCCAACAGCAGAGGCCACCUUUGAGACCACUGUAUGAACCUGGCAUGGGUGCUCAGCGUCUUACACAGUAUAUGUACCGACAACAACAUAGGCCUGAAGACAAUAACAUAGAGUUCUGGAGAAAAUUUGUUGCCGAGUACUUUGCUCCUAAUGCCAAAAAGAGAUGGUGCGUUUCUAUGUAUGGUAGUGGCCGGCAAACAACUGGCGUUUUCCCUCAGGAUGUGUGGCACUGUGAGAUAUGUAACCGAAAGCCUGGACGUGGUUUUGAGGCAACCGCGGAAGUGCUCCCGCGGCUAUUUAAGAUAAAGUAUGAAAGUGGGACUUUGGAAGAACUUUUAUAUGUCGAUAUGCCAAGGGAGUCUCAGAAUUCAUCUGGUCAAAUUGUCCUGGAGUAUGCAAAAGCGACCCAAGAGAGUGUGUUUGAGCAGCUUCGAGUUGUUCGUGAUGGCCAACUUCGAAUAGUUUUCUCACCAGAUCUUAAGAUAUUCUCUUGGGAAUUCUGUGCUCGGCGGCAUGAAGAGCUUAUUCCACGACGACUUUUGAUACCGCAGGUUAGUCAGCUUGGGUCAGCAGCGCAGAAAUAUCAACAAGCCGCCCAAAAUGCAACAACUGAUUCUGCUUUUCCGGAGCUGCAAAACAAUUGCAACAUGUUUGUUGCAUCUGCCAGACAGUUGGCAAAGGCCCUAGAAGUACCACUCGUGAAUGAUUUAGGAUACACAAAGAGAUAUGUUCGGUGUUUGCAGAUCUCGGAGGUUGUAAAUAGUAUGAAGGACUUAAUAGAUUAUAGCAGAGAAACAAGAACAGGACCAAUCGGUAAGUAA